GCGACCUGUGACUGUUGUUUUUUUGUCAGUUUUCGUUGAGUUCUGUUUUGAUGAUUGCUGCAUUUACAAAUGAAGAGUAUGUGGACAUGUUGUUGGUGUACGUACAAGCCAACUGUGUUGCACGAGCAGCGUAAAGAAUCUACGAAGAGCGCUAUCCUAACAGGAGUGUUCCUACUCGCCAUCACUAGGAAUUUCAAUUUGGAAAUUGUGGAAAGUACUUCGCCAGAAUAAUAAACAUGCCUUACACUACACUCCUGUACAAGGUUCAAAUGCUGGUAUCAUGCUUGACUUUGGAAAAACCAAUAAUGCGGGCUUCUGAUAUGUUCACCGUAGGAGUACCGUUAAUACCUACUUUGGUUUCAAACAUCGUGACGUAUGUGUUGGUUGCACUGCAAAUGGAUCAGAAUCGUAGGCAUAAAACACAUCUUUGAAGAUUCACUUAAACGAACUUCUUUUAAGUGUAAGCAGCUGUUCUAAAAAUAAAGUAAAGCAAGU